CUUCAUUCGUUUUCUCGCUGUCACGAGAAGGCGUAACAUUUUCGGUCGCAGUAAAAACAAUCUUUGAAAAUGUGUCGGCAUUCCAGUGAAAAUUAAACGGAAUUUCCCUAACAAAGUCACGGAAUCAAAAUCACUAAACAGUGAAAACGAUCGUCCAACUGGUGAAGCUCGCCACACAUCCAGUCACAGUAAUUAGCUUAUAGUGCGUGUCACACUUUUACACCAUUGCAAAGCACGUUAGCUCCUUGUAUAGAAUCAUCAAAAUCAUCGUUCGUUAUACUGAAAUUAAAGAAAGAGGCGCGAGACACUAUAUAGCCAAAUAAAAAUGACCACCCAAAAACCAAUGCCGCAUGCUUUAUCCGUAUCAUGUCGUAUGUUAACAAAAUCCGAUACUGAAAGUGUUACUACAGAUUUAUCACUAUUCUCGGUAUCAUCAGCUGCCGACUCGUUUGGCAAACAUCGACUGGUCACAUUUAAGGAAUAUCGAGGUCCCAGCCCGAAUCCCGACCAAAAGGCCAAUCGUAGGUCCGAGAUCAUGUGGUUCGAAGAGGGAAACGAUUUGAUUCGAAGCUGUGCGGCACUGUCCAAGGCCUUAGGAAUACAGAAAAGUUUUAGCACUAGCGAUAUAACACAAUUACCGGGUCCAGAAACAGAAGGCACGAAUCAGUUGCGGCAUACAGUAUCCGAAUUAGCACUAAACUCACUGCAACGAUGUGGAUAUAUGUUAGACAAUCCAUCAAGAUUGGAACAUGCGUCACGGUCUUGUUCGACAUGGGUCGCUGUUGGUGAACUAGCUUCAACAUCGCAACUUCCUUCUCCACACGGUGGGCCGGCGUCUACAUCACAAUUGACGACCAGUACACCACCACCAGCUUUUACUGCUGCUGACCUGAUUCGAUCGGUGAAUAAAAAAGUUCGCCAAAAUUACAUUCGACGGCGAUUGUUGACCACAUACAGAGCAUUGGAUCGUUUAUCGCAAAGUGAAUUCAAUUUGGAUCGUUUGGAGGCGGUAGCGGCCAGUUACUACAAAGGUCCCGGUCCAACCGAACUGAUUGUUCCGUCUACUAUUGCAAAAACAACGAACAAUAAUAAUAAUACCUCAACAGCCAAUCCCAAUGUACCGAACGACACGCAUACAGAACCGGCACAGGUGUCGAAGAAGCAGCAGCAAAUUAAUGCCGACAUAAUUAAGAAAAAGAUCUCGUUGAAUAUGACCAAGAAUCUAACGAUUCAAGACAUAGAAAAGGAACGUGGUAAACCGCUGAGUAAAUACGAUAGAAAUAUGAUGAUAUUCAAUUGGCUUCAUACAUUGGAUGAGGUUGUGGCUGAUGAAGAUGUGUCUUAGUUGCAGCAAAUCAAGUAAAUUAUUGCAUUUUUUUCAUAGCACUUUCCGGCAAUGCCAAAGAAUGAGUUUCCUGAAAGUGAAAGUGUGAGGUGAUUGUUAUGAAGCACAGUCUAAAAAAUGUCGAAACCCAAACGACCUUUUGUACGGCUCACUGUUUAGCUUAAUUUGUGCGUUGCCGCUGCUAGAGAGUGCUAUGCUUUUUUUUCUAAAAGAUGAACAAUGCAACAUUGAGAAAAUGGUUAUCACCAAACGGAAAUCAGAAAAAUAGAAAUGUUUGGCCAAGUGAA